AAGCCAUGGGCCCUUGUUCUCUCCUCCCUUGAUUCUGCCAAAUGUGCUCCGUUCUCUCACAUGGCUGCCAGAGGCUCCGAGCUUCGCAGCGUUCAGCGUAGGGAGUUUCAGUCACAGGUACUACCGGCCGCCCGCGUUACAAUACCAUUCUAUUAGCGUCCUCUGCCUGAAAGUUGUUUCUCAUCGUCGACUUUACUAGCUUAUACGCCUUUGAGUACGCUCCGUUUGAAAUUCCCCGUUGGCUUCUCGUCGAAGCGAAUGACGUGCACGAGGAUCCUUUCUUCGUCAUCUCCUGUCAGCAUUCGUGGUUAUGGCCUGACCAGCACCACAUCCGUAAGUCUCGAUGAUAGUUUAGUCUUGAGACGUCUCAAAACGAGGAUCCGUUCGUCUUCUUCUUCUCCUGUCAGCGUUCGUGCUUAUGGCCUGACCAGCACCACAUCCGUAAGCCUUGAUGCAACUGCCUCCAGAUUCAGCUCGGCGCGCUUCCACGAAAUCCGUAAAAGCGUCGCUCCUUGCUCUGUGCUAGGUCAGCGUAGUCUAUCACCUUCGAUUCCGCGACGCGAGUCAGGGGCUUCCGUCCGACGCAUCGGUCCGAAGCGUCAUUCACUUCCACUGUCAACCACUGAAAAUAGAGCCUGCAGUCGACCGCGACGGCCGGUGACAAAAAUCGAAUCCGGAUUCAGAUUCGGUUUCGGAUCCGACUCUAAUCUCGCCGGACGCAUGGAGCAUCGCAGCGGGCAUCACGUGCCGAAUGUCUACUAUUGGGACGACUGGACCGACGGCGACGACAUGCGAGCCAUGUGGGCCCUGCCUGACGUCAGGGCGGCGUGGGACCGGAGGCGAGAAGCGUCGGGGAAGGUUCCGUUCGAGAUGAAGAGGGUCGGCGACAAGAUGGUGCCUUAUAUCGGCCUUGAAGAGCUGCAAGGCAUGGUAUCGAUUCUCAUGCACCGCCACUUCAGCAAGCCAAGCAAGCGGCUCUGGCCGACGGGCAUGGCAGGGAGUGAAAGGGAGGCGGUGCUGGUGGUGUGCGCGGUGGCGAGGGUGGAGAGCGCGUGGCAGCCCAUGGCGUACAGAUAUGAGAGCGGACGAGGAGAGGCCAGCACGGGGCUCAUGCAGGUGUUACAGACAACAGCGGAGUGGCUGGCGAGGGACAUGGGGUAUCGGGCCUACACUGUCGAUUGGGCAUCAUCCAUGCUCUAUCGGCCGUUCGUGGGGAUGUACUAUGGCAUGGCGUACAUGACGUGGCUCACCACUUAUAACCGUGUCACUCGCAAUGAGGAGUACGUGGUGCGCGCAUACAAUGGAGGCCCGGGCGGGUGGGAGAAGCCGUCCACAGCGUGGCAUUGGAGCAAGUACCUCAAGGCAAAAGAUGAGAUACUCCGCAUGCCACGUGGCACAUCAGCACCAGCAGCACCAGCAGCCCCAUCAAUCCCAUCAUGGUCGCCAGCCGUCCAAUCCCCAGCUGGCUCGCCCCUCUCAUCCGCCCCUCAUCCAUCACAACCCACCGUACGCUAUCCUGCUGUUGCUGCUGCACACAUGUCCUCUGCUGUGCCCGUCUCCUCUCCUGCACCUGUCUCCUCUGCUGCACCCACGUCCUCCCCAAAGGGGCGCUUCUUGGGCAACUUAGGCUCUGCUAACUGCCCCCAAGCAAACAAUUCACCAAGCCCACAGACACCAUUUCAAGCGGCAGUUCCAGAAUUUGCUCGCUACCCAUCCGCCCCACAACCCCACUACCCAUCGCCCUCACAACCCCCCUACCCAUCGCCCUCACAACCCCCCUACCCAUCGCCCUCACAACCCCCCUACCCAUCGCCCUCACAACCCCCCUACCCAUCGCCCUCACAACCCCCCUACCCAUCGCCCUCACAACCCCCCUACCCAUCGCCCUCACAACCCCCCUACCCAUCGCCCUCACAACCCCCCUACCCAUCGCCCUCACAACCUCCCUACCCAUCCGCCCCACAACCCCCCUACCCAUCGCCCUCACAACCCCCCUACCCAUCGCCCUCACACCCCACCCACCCAUCGCCCUCACAACCCCCCUACCCAUCAGCCCUACAAGCCCCCUACUACCCAUCUUCCCCUCAACCCCCCUACUAUCCGGCACCCCCGCAAGCCAGCCCGCAGGCGCCCUGGCCCUCUGGCAACGACUCAUCGGUCCCUGCGAGGGCGGUGCAAGAGGCGCCAGCGCCCAUGCCGGCUCCCAGCAGCCACAACGGCCGUUUCCUGGGCAACCUGGCAGGUACUCACAACCUGGCAGGAGUCAAUCCACCCCACACCCCAUUCCCAACUACCCUGACAGCCCCCUUCUCAACCGGCCCCGAGCAAGUGCCACCCACACCACCCACAGCAGCCCCUUCCUCUGGUAAUGAAUUGCCAGCCCCUGCUGUGCCCCCCACAAACGUGCCAGCCCCCAAGGGACGGUUCCUAGGCAACCUGGGUGCACGUAAACCCCGCUAAACUGUAGGUGAAGCUCAGCGUUAAGUGGAAGUCAGGCAGAUUGCGAGUCGAGUGGAAAACAACGUGGGCGCACUCACAGAUUGUGGGCUCUCAGGCGUGGCAUGAAGCUAGAGGUUAGGUGUAGAUUAGAUUGCCAGGCGGGGGUAAAUGUGUGUUGGUGGGCAUGUGUGGGGGUGGGACGCAGAUGCUGGAUGUGGUUGAGUGCGGUUGGAUGUGGUUGGUGCAGGUUGCCUGCUCACUUCCAGGAUGUUCCUCAGAGGAGGGUUCUGAUUGCGUUGUGGAUGGUUGGAUUGGAUGUUUGCACUGAUGGGCAGAGGCAGCCAACAGGACGUACCAUUGUGAACUUCGGUUCAGUUGGAAUGUGGCAUCCCGCCUCUUGCCUUCCUGAUAGCCAUGCAAAUCCAGGGCUAGCGCAAUGUAUGUGCAUUUUUAUAGAGUUAAUCAGCAUACCGGAGAAUAAUUGGAAAUAGUGGAGCUGGUCGUUUUCUGUUUCUUUGUAGGGAGUUGCUUCUGCGAGACACCCCUCGCGCGGCUCUUGGGGCUCUUGCGGCUCUUGCAGCUCUUGCGGCUCUUGCGACAAUCUCGAGGGCCAGCUUGCAGAAACAUGAAUGAUUUUUUAGGAAUAAAAAAUUAACAGAUUG